CUGUGGAGUCUUUGUCAUUCUGAGGCGGGCUAGGCUUGUCACGGGGAUUUGGCAGGCAGAGAGCACACAUGUCGUAGCCGCGACAAACGCCGCGGAGGCAGACGUUGGAAGACAGUAUGGAGGGUCUGUUGCACUAUCUUGAAGAGGAGGAGGAGGAGAAGGACAAGGAGGACAAGGAGGACAAGGAGGUAUCAAAUAAGCCGGAAAAGGGUAGUGAUGGAUCGAAUGAAGCCGCAAAACCUUCCGGGUUGCCGAGAUCGGCAUCCACCAUGGAGGAUAAUCGUGGAUCUCUACUCCCUACGGCCUACACCAGCUUCGAUAAGCGACUGCGGCUUCCCCGGCUAACAUCCCCCCAAAAACGUCCCCGUGAGGGAAAGGGGAAGAAUGAGGGCCCAAGAAAGGGAAAGAGGAAGGUGAAGCACGUGCGAUGGGCGGAUGCCGCUUUGCUAGAAGAAGUCUUCCCUUUCUUCAUGGACAGCCCCGUCGAUCCCUUUGCUCCUCGAGGAGCCAGCGAGCCCUUGUCAUCUUCCUCCGCCUCACCGGUCCAUCCAGGCGAGCAGGAAGGAUUCAAUCCUUCGAUGCAAGCGUUGGUAGCACACCCUACAUCACCGUCCAUGGGGGCUGGGACGCCCACACUCGAUGGGGAGGCACGUACGGGGGAAGAGGUCGGAGGAGAGAAUGGCGCGGGGUUCAGACACGCCUCCUGGCAGACCGUUUCUGUGGUCACUCGGAGGAAAGACAUGCCUUCCUCUUCGCCGCCCUUGCAAGGGAGGUGGGCCCACCCCUUGCCCUCUUCCUCCCCCGCUCCUGACCCCGCCCGGCGGGAGAACGUCCGUGCCAAGGAGGACCAGGAGGAGAGCUCGGCAUUCGAGUUCUUUUGUGACGCGUGCCUGUACACGCUGGAGGAAGAUGAAAUACGAAUGCCAAGUGUGCCCGGGGGAGUUCUGCCUGUGCCGCACUUGUUACGCCAAGCAAUUUCAACCAUCGCCUUCCACACUUUCAUCCACGCAAGCGACAACGCGCGUCGGCCCACACCCUCACCCUUGCCUGCCCAACACUAGCAAGGUCCACAUCACUUCGAUACCCAAGGGCCUUGAGAAAGGAAAGGAGCAUGAAGAGCAGCCCUGGAAUGAACACAGUGCAACUGUAGAGGAUGGAAACAUAAAGGAAAAGGAAGCUAGCGGCUUUAUGAAAGAGGGAGAGCGAGACAGAGAUAAGCAAAGCAAUCAGGAUGAUAGCAUACGGAUGAGGGAGGGGGAGGCAACAGACACAGGAUAUGCUGGGGGAGAGGAAGAGGACGAAGAGGGGGGACUUUUGCUAGGUCCGGGAGGGGGCCCACGCUUUGGCAACUUAAAG